AUGCAUUGGGUGCUGGGCGGGCUCCCUUCCCUGCCCCUGCCCGACAUCCCCCACCUCCACCAGGUGCUCGAGGGCCUGGAGCCCGUUCGCAAGCGCCCCGGUAUGUACAUCGGCGGCACUGGCAGUGAGGGUCUGCACCACCUGGUGUGGGAAGUGGUGGACAACUCGGUGGACGAGGUGCAGGCGGGACAUGCCACCCGGGUGGAGGUGCAGGUGGACCUGAGCUCGGGCUGGGUUGUGGUGACGGAUGAUGGCCGGGGUAUUCCCGUGGAUGUGCACCCCGUCACGGGCAAGUCGGCGCUGGAGACGGUACUCACAGUGCUGCACGCGGGCGGCAAGUUCGGGGGGGAGGACAGCGGUUACAAGGUCAGCGGGGGCCUCCACGGCGUGGGCAUUAGCGUGGUCAAUGCGCUGAGCGAGCAGCUGACCGUGACGGUGUGGAGGGCGGGGGUGAGGUACAGCCAGCGCUACAGCCGCGGGGUAGCCCUGGAGGAGGUGCAGAGGACGGAGCUACAGCCGGACAGCGAGGAGGCCGACCGCACGGGGACGCAGGUGUGCUUCCUGUACGACCGUACGAUCUUCGCAUCAGACGUGUCGUACAAUCCGGACAUCAUCGCCACCCGGCUGCACGAACUGGCCUUCCUCAACAGCUCAGCCACAAUGCGAUUCAACGCGACUCGGAAGGGCCAGCUCGAUGGCGAGUGGCAGGUUUUCCAGUUCAGCGGUGGCCUUAGAGAGUUCGUGGGCUGUCUGCAGUCCGGCUACACACCCCUCCACGAGGCCAUCUGUGUUUCCCGCUCCGACCCCCCCAGCGGUGUGGUGGUGCAUGCGGCCCUGCAGUGGGCGGCGGACUCCUUCAGGGAGGAGAUCCGUGGUUUCGCCAACUCCAUCCACACGGCUGACGGUGGCACUCACCUAGAUGCGCUGCGGAGCGCCCUCACCCGCACCAUCACGGCACUGGCCAAGAAAAUGAAGCUGAUCAAGGAGGGCGACCCCCCGCUGUCCGGAGAGCACAUCAGGGAGGGUCUGGGGGCGGUUAUUGCCGUACAGGUGCCCAACCCGGAGUUUGAGGGUCAGACCAAGACCCGGCUGGGUAACCCCGAGGUGCGGAAGAUUGUGGAGGCGACGGUGGCGGAGGCGGUGGGUGAGUGGCUGGAGGCCCACCCAGCCGACCUCUCAGCGCUGCUGGGCAAGGCGCUCACGGCCGCCCGGGCCGCCGAUGCCGCCCGUAAGGCCCGGGAGCUGAUCCGCCGCAAGACCAGUCUGAGUCGCUCCAUGCUGCCGGGCAAGCUGGCGGACUGCACCAGUGAGGAGCGGGACCGCACGGAGAUCUACCUGGUGGAGGGGGACAGUGCGGGGGGAAGUGCCAAGCAAGCCAGGGACCGCAGAUUCCAGGCGGUGCUGCCCCUCAAGGGUAAGAUCCUCAACGUGGAGCGAGUGGCCGGGGCCGCCAUGUACAAAAACGCCGAGAUCUCCAGCCUCAUUGUGGCGCUGGGUCUUGGAACAGACCGGGCCCCCGCCUUGGCGACCCGUGGGCCCGACGUGGCGGUGCGGGACACCGCCAGCAAGGCGCUUGAGUACGGCAAGAUCGUGAUCCUGACGGAUGCUGACGUGGACGGGGCCCACAUCCGGGCGCUGCUGCUCACGUUCCUAUUCCGGUAUCGGCCGCAACUAUUCUACGCCGGCCACGUGUACGUUGCCGUACCGCCGCUGUACAAGGUGGAGCGUGGCAGGUCGCUGUGGUGGGCGCAUACGGAGGAGGAGCUGCGGCGGGUGGUUUCGGAGAACCGGCUGGCUCCGGGCGGCUACUCGGUGCAGCGAUUCAAGGGCCUGGGUGAGAUGAUGCCGCAGCAGCUGUGGGAUACUACCCUCAACCCGGCGACCAGGUUACUGCGGCGACUGACUGUGCGGGAUGCGGCCGAGGCGGAUGCGCUGCUGACGUCGCUCAUGGGGGCGCAGGUGGGGCCCAGGAAGGCACUCAUCCAGGAGUACAGCAACCGCCUGCAGUCAAUCUCGUCUCUGGAUGUGUGACAUGUGUGACCCUGAUGGCUCUGAUAACAGGGACCAGGAUGGGCCACCAGUGGCUCGGGUUGCUGGUGUAUGCACAGAUCCUAACCUAAGUGGCCUCCAGGAUGGUGAUUGUCACGAGGCCGAAGCAGGAGGGGGGUUGUUUGCGGACUGUGUGUUCUCAUGUGCAUGAGGGGCGUGCGAUAGACGUGCAGCGGCAUGUUUGACCCGCUCAGUGGAGGACGUCACAGAAGUCUUGCUUGUAGACAGUCAGACUAGAAUGGGGCAUGCUUUGAGGAAGAUUGUUCCCAUUGCUGCUGCUUGAAUAAUGAAUGCUGUCUUUAUGUUCGUCCUAUGACCAAAGAGUGCGUCUUGGGGCAAUACCUAAACGGUCAUUCGGCAUAUUGAUUAUCCCCAUAUAAGCUUCCCUUGGGAGAUUAUCGUCCAUAGCAUAUCUCCUACAGCUUAAUGUUAAUAGCCUGCGCAUGUCUUGGCCAGCUUGCACGGACAUCACAAAACAGUGUGAGACAUCUUGACACGUGCUAGGUAGCCCGCCCCAUUGUUACGCAGUGUGCAUUUUGGCCCACAGACUGACAGCGAUUGCGCAAUGACAGCGGGAAUGUAUGGGUUUAGGGUCUUGGGUUCAGGGGCUGACCCUCACACGCUGUGGUCGGAGGUGGCAUCUGCCGCUAUCGUAGCAAGUAGAUAGCGGCAGACCUCGGCCGUUAUUGGCGGUUGAGUAUUAGGAUGGCGGUGGAUGUUGGGGGCUGACGUCGGGAUUGCUCCUGGCGCUAAUCCUUCAAAAGGGUAGUGCGGUUCUUGGCAAUGUUGCUAUGUCGUACAUAUGCGUCUCAUCGUCAUUGGAUCUGCGAGCGGACGGGGCCGGCCAGGCCCUCGCAGAGCCGCCAAUCCUGCAGCCAGCGAACGCCAGCCAGGUGCGGAUGAGGUGCUUGGUCGCGUGGGAUGCUGGAGUUACCUCAGCACGUAUGGGGACUCUCAACGUUGGUAGCUGGGGGCUGUUACACAGCUUGUGCCGUACUAGCGUGUAACGGUAUUUU